CUCAAUUGAACGUGUGAUUCUGCAAACUGUGUAUAAAAAGGUAGAAUUACUUGUUGUCUUUCUCUUUUCUCAAAGCCAAGUUGUACUUUACUUUGGGUACUAGAACCCAGUCCUUUUCCCCUUCCUUUCCUUUUGGACAAAAGAAACCCCGCCACACGCUUUUUUUUUUCAAAUUUUGCCUCCCCUAUUUACUUUUGGUGAAUCAUGCGUAUCCCCACCAGCCUUUCCUUUGCUGUCAUUGCAUUUUUAUCCGCGACCAAUGGAGUGGAUGCCUUUUUCUUUAAGAGAGACGUUUCCUCUAUUGAGAUCCCUGACGUGCGAUCGCCUUCCGUAACGUACCUGAACGCUUUUUCGAAUGAAGAUGAUUUUGAGGCGGAGUACGAACUCGUCGAUGGCGACGAUCAUGAAUUCGAUGUCAAUGGACAACAUUCUUCCUUGCGCAAACGCGCUGAUGGUUGCCAAAAAUAUCACACAGUCCGAGCUGGUGAUACCUGUUAUAGCUUAGCGGAACGUUACGGCAUUGAUCUUUUCCAGUUGUACGCUUGGAAUGACCAGAUCAACAAGCAUUGCACCAACUUAUUCGUCAAUAAACGCUACUGCGUCGAUGGUCCCAAAGCUCCUCAGGCGACUUCCAAUACAUGCGAAAAGCGACACAAAGUGAUCGCGGGCGACACCUGUGUCAAACUGGCCAAAGCUUACAAUAUUUCUCUGGAAGAAUUUUACAAGCUGAACCCUCGUGUGAACCGCGGUGCCUGCGACAACCUCAAGGUUGCCAAUAGCUAUUGUGUAGCCGCUGGAAAAUCGGCUCACUCGAACAAGGCUCAAUUGCUUCAGAAACCUUCUGGCGCUGCUGAUAAGAACGACGAUAAGAACACCGAAGACAAGACUCCUAGCAAGUCCAAGGCAUCUGCUUCAGGCAAGACAGGUACCGGAAAACCUACCACGACAAGGACGUCUACUACCACGACCAAAACGACCACCUCCAAGUCUACCACGACAACCACCACCACCACCACCACUACGCAGCGUCCCACUACGACCAAACGAAGCUCGACAAAGACCACGACCACUCGUCGCAAGACUUCCUCGGCCAAGCCUUCUCCUCCUCCUUCCUCUUCCAAAUAUGCAGAGGACGAAGUCACCAGCUCUUCUUCCAAGGAACAACGCCGAAGAAUCCAAAAGGACGUUGCUUUGACUUACUACUGGAUUGCUCACCCGGAAGAUUAUCCUAGCGGCGGUAAAUCCGUUCAGAUCAAGACUUGCGGCGGCGAAACCAUUGCCACGGUAUCACAGAACUACGCUGAUGCUCUGGUCAUGGAAGGUAGCGGUGUGGCCGGCAGUAAAAUGGUGAAUCUCGGCGGUUGCUCUUGCGUCAAUUACCGUUGCUUCAUGGAACUCGACAAGAACGAAGACCCUUACGGAUUAACUGCUCACGGUAGUCCCUUGCGACCCUACAUCACCAUUGCCGCUAAUGAUAUCAAGAAAGGUACCAAAAUCUUUGUUCCUAGUCUGGAAGGAUUGCAAUUGCCCGGAACCAAUAUGAGACACAACGGUUGUUUCCUUGUCGAUGAUGAGAGCUGGAGUUUCUCUUCGAACCAUAUUGAUCUUUACGUCUACCGUAUGCAAAACUACCGCAAACUGAUUGAUAGCCAUGGCGUGAGCAAAGUGGACGUUUACGAAGGCGGCGAUUGCAAGCUUCUCAAUUACAUGUAACUGUACACCCGAUCUAUAGAUUCUCUACUUUCUCCUUCUUUUCCCUUUUUUUCUGUUUCUUUCCAGUAAAUUAAAGAGAACAUGAUUGUUCUAUCCGAUAUUGAUGUUGUUUAGUUACGCCCGUGUGCAAGUGUGAGUGUAUGUAGGCGUGCAUAAAUUAGAUAAACAAUACCAUAGGAGGUUUCGCCGCUCGGAUAGGUAACACAAAGAACAUUAAGAAAAUGGUUAGGAUGGAAAGUAAGGAAAUUCUGCAUCGACAGAACAGUUCGAAAGGGCGAAUUUACUCUAUCCUUGUUGACAAAGUAGAACCCAGCUUUUUUUUUUUUUUUUUUUUUUUUUUUUUU